AUGAUGGAGUAUUGGAGACAGUGCACACUUUGGCUGAUCAGCUGUAAGAUUCUGCCGCAGAAUCACCGGGUGACAGCGGAAAGUGCGCAAGUGUUUGACCUGGCGCAGGCGCUCCGGGACGGGGUGCUGCUCUGUCAGCUCCUCAACAACCUCCAGCCGAACUCCAUCAACCUCAAGGACAUCAACCUGCGCCCGCAAAUGUCUCAGUUCUUGUGUCUGAAGAACAUCCGCACCUUCUUGUUCUGCUGCUGUGACGUCUUUGGGAUGAAGAAGUGUGACCUAUUUGAAGCUUUCGACCUUUUCGAUGUCCGAGACUUUGGGAAGGUUAUGGACACGCUAUCAAAACUGUCCUACACAACCCUUGCACAAAAACAAGGCUUCAAACCCUUUCCCACCGAGGAGAGCCUAAAAGAUGAGGACAUUUACAACAACUUGGAGGACCUGAUUGAUGAGAAUGCUCUGGAGGAUGAAGAUGAGCUGUACGCUGCAGUCUACGGCUGUGAGGAAGACUACGCUGGAGGAGAGAUCUAUGAAGACCUCAUGAGGACCGACCUGACACCUGCACUGGCCGAAGUGGAUGUCCGCAGCUGCUGUCUGUCUGAGAUCAAACAGACGGAAGAGAAAUACACAGAAACACUGGAGUCUAUAGAGAAGUAUUUCCUCAACCCUCUGAGGAAAUUUUUCACUCCAAAUGAAAUGGACAAAGUAUUCCUGAACAUCCCAGACCUGGUCAGACUUCACAAGAGCCUGAUGGUGGAGGUUCAAGACUCCAUUCUGUUUAAAAAUGCCUUAAAUCUCUAUCAGAUCUUCAUCAGCUACAAAGAAAGGCUGCUCAUAUAUGGGAUCUACUGCAGUCGUGUGGAGAUCGCCAUCGCUAUGUUAGACCUCAUCUCUAAAGAGAAAGAGGACGUGCGUCUGAAACUAGAGGAAUGUGCAAAAAGGGCCAACAAUGGAAAGUUCACGCUCAGGGAUUUGCUGGUGGUGCCGAUGCAGAGAGUUUUAAAAUACCAUCUCCUUCUACAGGAGCUCGUGAAACACACUUAUGACGCGGGUGAAAAAAACAACUUGAAAAUGGCCCUUGAUGCCAUGAAAGAUUUGGCUCAGUAUGUGAACGAGGUGAAGAGGGACAAUGAGACUCUGAGGGAUAUCGACCAGUACCAGCGAUGCAUCGAGAACUUGAACCAGUCUCUAAUUGUUUACGGCCGUCCCAAAGGAGACGGAGAGGUGCGACUGGUCUCAAGUGUGGAUAAGAGGAAACAAGACAGGCAUAUUUUCCUUUUCGACAUAGCUGUAAUAAUUUGCAAAAGGCGAGGAUACAACUAUGAGAUGAAGGACGUCCUGGAUCUGAACUUCUACAAGGUCACAAACAACCCCACGGCUGACAGAGAGGGGAAAAAGUGGUGCUAUGGGUUCUAUGUGACCCAUCUGCAGGGCCACACGGGCUACGAGCUUUUCUUCAAGACCAGAGAGCUGAAGAAGAAGUGGCUGGACCAGUUCGAGAUGGCCAUAUCAAAUAUCCGACCGGAGAAAGCCAACCACAACCACCACCACUUCAAGAUGCACACGUUUGAGAGGAUCAUGUCCUGCAGCUUCUGUCACCUUCUGCUCAGGGGCAUCUUUAACCAGGGGUACCUCUGUCUGAAGUGUGGUCUGGGGGCGCACAAAGAGUGUCUUGGCCGACUGGGACUGUGUGGCAGAACAGACUGUGCCACGACUCGGACCAAGGAAAUUUCAAGUCUGCUUGACCCAGGUUUGCCACGGAUGGUGGUGAUCAGAGACUACAGCGGAGUGCCCUGUCCCCAGUCUGGGCCUCCUCUGAGCGUCCAAACUGGGGACGUGAUCGAAGUCAUGUUUGCAGAUCUGAACAGCUCCUGGUGGCAGAUCCUGCACUUGUUUACAUUGACCCCUCUCCCCAGGACUCCCUCCAUUGCUCUGCUUUCAGUGGCGCCAGAGGAUGGAAUUACAGAACUCAGAGAAUUCAUAUCCCCCGAUGCCCAGAAGGGGAAAAUCUUGGCAACAAGCAGGGUUGGCUUUUUUCCCAGUGAUGCUGUAAGGCCCUGCCCCUGUGUUCCAAAACCAGUUGAAUACUCGGGUCAGCCAUGGUUCGCAGGCUCCAUAGACAGACCUCAGGCUGAAGAGGAGCUCCAGGACCGGGACCACGGCACUUACCUGAUCCGCAACAGGAGCAAGGAGUGCACAGAGUACGCCAUCAGCAUCAAAUUUACCAAUAAAGUGAGGCACAUCAAGAUCCUGACCAAAGAAAACUGCUUUUACAUAGCAGAAGCACGACUCUUCAAGACUUUACUGGAGCUGGUGGAGUAUUACAAGCAGCACUCUCUGAAGGAGGGCUUCAGCAGUCUGGACACCACUCUGCUCGCCCCCUAUAGGGAGCUGUCCAAUGGAAACAUGCCCAGGGCCAUUACCAAGGCCGCCACUGCUCCCCCAGGCUUCUGCAGCUUCGUUCCUCCAGCGACGUCGCCAUUUUGGUCAGUGUUUUGUCCACGUGUAGUGGGCGUCGCUGUGGCCCGGUACGACUUCAGCUCCAGAGACACACGAGAGCUGUCUCUGCUUCAAGGAGACAAUAUCAAAGUAUUCAGCAAAAUGUCGAAUGGCUGGUGGAAGGGAGAGGUGAACGGGCGGGUGGGCUGGUUUCCCUCCACCUACGUAGAAGAGGAGGACUGA